AUGGCUGGAUUUUGCCCGGAAACGGAAGUUGUGCCUGACCGGAAACGGAAGUCUGACCAUUGUCAGUGCACCGGCACAAUACGGAAAUUGGCGUUAUCAAAAGGUAGCUGUAGUAACCACCAGUCUGUGACUGUUGGGUCACUGGUGAAGGCACAGCUCAUGGCCCCAGUGUUCCGGUCCCACUUUCCAGAGACCUCACACUCUCUGAGAAGGCAACGCAGCAGCUCAUCAGAGAGCCUGCCCUCCACGGAGGCCAGGCAGUCCUAUUGGGGUGGCCAUUCCCAUUCCCAUUCUUGUACCCAAUCCCACUUUCACUGCCACGAGGGCCUCAGACCUCUGUUGGGUAGGUCGGUGGUUGGUGCCGGUUACUCUCUUAGUUCCUCUGGGCCUCAAGAGCCGUCCCCCAUGCUCCGAAACUCCACUUGCACCUUUUCUUCUACCUAUCAUGGUGAAUAUGGAUACCAUCACCACCACCAUUUGGAUUACCGAAAGUGGGUUGAAGAUUAUGAGAAGGAGAAGCAGGAGAACUAUCGACAGAAGAGGCUGAAAGAAAGGGAGAGGAUCGGGGAGUUGGGAGCUCCUGAGGUAUGGGGACUGUCUCCAAGAUUUCCAGAACCAGAUUCUGACGAGCACACCCCAGUGGAGGAGGAUGAAGAGCUGAAGAGUCAGAAGAGCAGCAGCUACAAUUCCAGCUCGGAAGAAAGAAAAAAGGCCAAUCGCUCAAAAACCAAAAAAAGAAAGAAGAAAUCUAAACGGAAACAGAAGAAACGUUCUGAUAAUAGCAACAGUCAUUCAGACUCUGACAGUAAUUAUGGCUUUGACGAUAAAAGAGCUAAGAAAGUCAAGAAGAGAGAAAAAAAAAAGAAACACAGAGCAAAAAAGAACAAGAAAAAGAUGAGGAAGACUAAAAAGGAAUCUAGUGACUCAAGCUAUAAGGAUUUAGAAGGAGAGGUGGCCGAAGGUAUCUGGAUUGAGCAGUGCAAGAUUGCAGAUACCAUGGAUUUCAUCGGUCCAGAGGCCCCUAUAAUACACGCUUCCCAAGAGGAGAAACCUUUGAACUAUGGUCAUGCCCUGCUCCCAGGUGAAGGUGCUGCUAUGGCUGAAUAUGUCAAAGCUGGGAAGCGUAUCCCACGGAGAGGUGAAAUUGGGCUCACGAGUGAAGAGAUUGCUUCAUUUGAAUGUUCAGGCUACGUUAUGAGUGGAAGUAGACACCGCAGAAUGGAGGCUGUUCGUCUGCGGAAGGAAAAUCAGAUCUACAGUGCUGAUGAGAAGAGGGCCCUUGCAUCCUUCAACCAGGAAGAACGGCGGAAGAGAGAACAUAAGAUUCUAGCCAGUUUUCGAGAGAUGGUGUACAGAAAAACCAAAGGGAAAAACAACAAAUAA